GUAUCCCCUCCGGUUGUUGUAUUUAGCAGUACUUAUCUCCUGACAGGGAAACGAUAGUUGACUGUAUUCUUCCCUUGGUUUCAACAUUUUAAAGUAAAUAUGGGAGCUUGUCUGGCAUUGUGCUCUGUAGCCAGCUGCGCCUCCUGUCUGUGUGGCUCAGCACCAUGCCUGCUGUGUGGCUGCUGUCCCUCCUCCAAUAACUCCACUAUCACACGGCUGGUUUUCUCCUUCUUUCUGCUGCUGGGGACACUGGUGUCUGUCAUUAUGAUACUUCCUGGAAUGGAGGCCGAGCUUCAAAAAAUUCCGGGACUCUGCCAAGGGGGAUCUUCUAUACCUGGUUUGGAAAACCACGUUAAAUGUGAAGUCAUUGUGGGCUACAAGUCUGUGUACCGGAUGUGCUUUGCCAUGACCUGCUUCUUCUUUCUGUUCUGCGCUAUUAUGAUUGGUGUCCGUAGCAGCAAAGAUCCUCGGGCUGGCAUUCAAAAUGGAUUCUGGUUCUUUAAAUUCCUGAUCCUUAUUGGGAUUACUGUGGGAGCUUUUUUCAUCCCUGACGGAACCUUUCAUACUGUGUGGUUUUACUUCGGAGUGGUGGGAUCUUUCAUCUUUAUUAUAAUCCAACUUAUUCUCCUCAUCGACUUUGCUCACUCCUGGAACAAGGCGUGGGUAGAAAAUGCUGAAAAUAGUGGCAACAAAUGCUGGUUUGCAGGCCUUCUGUCUUUCACCGUCCUGUACUAUGCCUUGGCUUUCACUGCUGUCGUGCUUUUCUACGUUUACUACACACAGCCCGAUGACUGCACAGAACACAAAGUCUUCAUCAGCCUCAACCUUAUUUUCUGCAUCAUCGUCUCCAUUGUCUCUAUUCUACCCAAGAUUCAGGAAGCCCAGCCACACUCUGGUUUACUCCAGGCGUCACUCAUCUCCCUCUACACCAUGUAUGUCACCUGGUCUGCAAUGACUAACAAUCCAAAUCGGAAGUGUAACCCCAGCCUAUUAAGUCUGGUGUCGCGCGCCAACACCACCCAACUACCGGGUGACAGCAAACCCGAGGGGGUGCAGUGGUGGGAUGCUCAGGGAAUUGUAGGUUUGAUCAUCUUCCUCUUCUGCACUCUCUAUGCCAGUAUCCGCUCGUCCAGUAAUGCCCAGGUCAACAAGCUGAUGCAGACGGAGGAGGGCGGAGGCUCAGGUGGAGAGGGGGUGGUGGGAGAGGACGGCAUUCGCAGGGCUGUGGACAAUGAGGAGGAGGGAGUCACUUACAACUACUCCGUCUUCCACUUCCACCUCUGUCUAGCGUCUCUGUACAUCAUGAUGACUCUCACCAACUGGUACCAACCUGACACCAACACCAAGACCAUGCAGAGCAAUAUGCCGGCUGUGUGGGUGAAGGUGAGCUCCAGCUGGCUUGGCCUUGGCCUCUACCUCUGGACCCUCGUCGCCCCUCUCCUCUUCCCUGACAGGGAUUUCAGCUGAGCGUGAUUCUCCUAGUGACUUUGUUUGUUGUUGUUUUCUUUCUUUUUUUCUAGCACAGGGUAAAAAGCAGUUUGAAGGAUGCUUUAAAAGGAAAGAUAUUGUACAGAGGAAAAAAAUGGUUUGAUUUCUUUUCAUUCAUUGCCUCUGCUUUUAGUGCAUCUAUUUUUGUGCUAUUCUAAGUAUGAUUUAGUGUAUAACAAUCACUACAAAAUAAGUUAUUUUUUUUAGUUGGCUUGAUUAAUGAUUGCUUUGGUUAUGAGAAAUGAUUUUCUUUGCCAAAUACUUACCUUGUAAAGCGACUCCCUCCCCUCUGCCUGACGUGGUUGUGAUAUGACUCAAUGAGCUGUUUUUUAUCUUAUAGCUGAAUAUUAGUUACUGGACUAUCGCAUAGACUCUGCAACAAGUCCCUUAGUCAAUACCUCAAAAGUACAUUACAGGAUCCCCUAAUGACGUGGGUCAUCAGACUCUUCUAAUUGGUUGGGUUUGAAGUCCCUAUGAUUAGAGAACAUGGCAUGGCAUGUUGAGCUGGGGGCGACAGGGGGAAUCCUGCAGUAAGCCCCCGUUUGAGGUGAGUGUGAGGCUUAGAUAAGACACACCCAAAAGAUAAGAACCGGGCUUCCUUUUUGCUGCUAGACUGGAAGUAAAUCCACCUCGUCACACUUUCAGUCCUAAUAGACCGUCAGUUUAAUCUCAGCUCUUCCAUGUCUUCGCCAUCCAAUAGUCAUUUAUCAGCGGUGCUAACCCUAUCCGUGUCUGAUUGGAUAUUGGUCUUAUGCAGCCACGUGCAACAGUCUGUACCUGUAAAACUGUCUGUUUGCAUAGCUUAGCAGUCAGCAUCAUGUGAUGUGCAAUGGUACCAUUCAAGAAGUGACCACCUGAGUGCUCUAAAAAUGCCACUAUGUCCAGAAUGUUGCAGAGCGUGGUAUUGAGGUUUUUCUUUUUAAAGGGACUUUUAAUCGUUGAAGCUUCAAAAUGAUAAUGAUGCAUGUCAAUGCUGAUCAGUUGCUGUUAAGUGGUACUGACUUUCAUAGGUUGUUGAUGGCUGUAAUAAUGGUCCAGUCAUUUUAUGCAUAAUAUGGAAGUUACCUUGAUUUCAAUAUUAACAGAAAAAGUUAAAGUAGAAUAGUUUGUACCUGUGAAAAAGAGUUUUCAAACGAUCCUGAAAAUGUAAACUUAAGUGUUAUAUUCUUUCCUGACAUUUCAGUGGCCACAUCAGUCAAGUAUUGUGAACGGACUAAGUGUUGAUAAAUGUACGUCUUUCAUUUGUAUUCAUUUUAAAACAUGUCUGAUGUAUUGCACAUUUUAUAUAAUUAUUGUCCCACUAAUGAGAUUGUUUAUGCAGAAUUGCUGUAUUAGUUCAACACAUGUAACAUUUCCAAACACUAUUAAGUGCCUUUUGUAGUCCUGGGUUUCAAACUGAACUGAUCACUGAUGCUGAUGUGUGCUUAUUAUGCCUUGCCUUACACUGGUGUGGAGUUAAUCAUUGCAUGCCAUAUAAUAAGGCACAGGCCUCUGUCUGGAAUUAAUAUGAUUAUGAUUAAUGUAUAAACACUGCUUUUCAAGAUGGAAA